UCAUCAUCAGCUCAGCAAUCUCAAAACCCAACCCAACAAAUACAUACAUACAUACGCCACUCCACCCAACACCAACUUUUCUUCUCCAUCUUCCUCUUCUUCUCCCUUUUUCUUCUACUCCAUGACUGUGUUCUUCUUUACUGAUCCAAUCACCAAGAACAGUAACCAUGAAAGACUUCAUUUUCAUCUUCAUCUUCUUCGUCUUCCUCCUCCUCCUUUCUCUGCUCAAAUCCGCAUCUGGGUUCGGAUCAAUGGGGCCCAUCUCCGCCGCUUUGGGCGGCAAUGGCUUCUUCUGCGCCAUUGAUGCCAGUGGCAAGCAGCAGGUCAUUUGCUGGGGCGAUAAGGCUAAUUCUUCAGUCCCAGUAGCAGCAACAACCCCAUCUAGCUUUUCUAUCAAUCUCCCUCCCAUGGCUGCUCUCACCGGCGGCGGUGGUUUUCUCUGCGGCAUAUUGGCGAACACCUCGCAGGCAUAUUGCUGGGACUCCUCCGGAUCGCCAAGCUCUGAUCUUGUUCCUUCAGUCUUUAAAUCCAAUGCUUAUUCCCAUAUUGCUGCAGGGAAAAGCCAUGUGUGUGCUAUUAGGGGGCCUUAUUAUUCGGAGAGUGAUUGGGGGAGUGUUGAUUGUUGGGACAUUGUUAGAAAAUUAAAUUCUACUGGUCUGACCUCGAGGCAGAGUGCUCUGUUUUAUGACCAGAAUGUUAGUACACUUGUUAUGACAAAGAUUGUUGCUGGAGAUGGAUUUAGUUGUGGUGGUGUUAGAGAAGGUGGGAUAGUGUGUUGGGGACCAAAUUCUGUUAACUUGGAAGUUUCGGGUGGAUCGGAGAGCUUCUAUUCUUUGACUGCAAGUGUAGAUUCUAUCUGUGGAGUUUCUGAGGUUUCCAAGAUGGUUAAAUGUUGGGGGGCUAAUGACUCUUUUGGCAUCCCUCCAGUGGGGAUUCCUUUUGUGUCAUUGGCUGCUGGUGUGAAGCACUUUUGUGGGAUUCGAGAGGACAAUCAUGGGAUUGAGUGCUGGGGGAACUACAACUCAUCAUUGAUCCCGAAAGGAUCUGGUUUUCUUGCAAUUGCCUCUUCUGAUUUUGUCACUUGUGGGAUAAGGGAAGGUGAUUUGGUUCUUGAUUGCUGGUUUACCAAUGUGUCGUCGCAGUUUGCUUAUGACCCUCCGCUGCAGCUGUGCAGCCCGGGGCUAUGCACGCCUGAUUCGUGUGGUGAAGGCCGGUUUUCCUUCAAUGCCAGCCUUCUCAACGAGCCGGAUUUGACGAGCUUGUGUGUGAGGAAUGAUCUGAUGAUUUGUCUGCCUUGUGGGCUGAACUGUUCCCAAGGGUUCUUCCCUUCUAGCCCUUGCACUGAGAACGCGGAUAGAGUCUGCACGCCUUGCUCUCUCUGCCAGAACAGCUCGUGUUGGGAUGUUUGCAGGCUUCAAUCUUCUAAAGGGAUGCAUAAUAAGCACCGGCCUGAUUUGCCUCAGCUGGUGCUUAUUGUUGGCUGCUCCGCUCUAGGGUUCUUGCUGAUCUUGAUUGCCUUGUGCUUACUAUCCCGGUUAAAGGCAUCCAAGAAUGAAGACGGGAAAAGGAGGAGGGGAGCCUCGUGUAUUCGUAAGCCCGAGCAGGGAACUGAUGCCAACAAUGAUCCUAAUCCUCCUGCCUCCGGGGCACAAUGCCCCGGAGCAGCUCAGGUUUUCAGGCUUUCAGAGCUUAAAGAUGCUACUAAUGGGUUCAAGGAGUUUAAUGAGCUUGGUAGGGGAAGCUAUGGCUUUGUCUACAAAGCCAUUCUUCCAGAUGGGAGGCAAGUAGCAGUGAAGAGGGCUAAUGCUGCUACAAUCAUCCACACCAAUAGCCGGGAAUUCGAGAUGGAGUUAGAGAUCCUAUGCAACGUACGCCAUAGCAAUAUUGUUAAUUUGCUAGGCUAUUGUGCCGAGAUGGGAGAAAGGAUCCUCGUUUACGAGUACAUGCCUCACGGGACUCUCCACGACCACCUCCACGGAGGCCUUUCGCCUCUGAAUUGGAGCCUUAGGCUCAAGAUUGCAAUGCAGGCUGCAAAGGGGCUCGAGUACCUUCACAAAGAAGUCUCGCCCCCUAUUGUUCACCACGAUGUGAAGAGUUCGAAUAUCCUUUUGGACGCUGAUUGGGGCGCCCGAAUCGCAGAUUUCGGGCUGCUAACUCCCACCGAGAAGGACCACAGUGGAGACAUGAAAACCGAUGUUUACAACUUCGGGAUUGUGCUGCUGGAAAUUCUUAGUGGCAGAAAAGCUUACGACAGGGACUGUGUGCCUCCCAGCAUAGUUGAAUGGGCAAUGCCUCUUAUAAAACAAGGCAAAGCCGCUGCCAUCAUUGAUCGAUUCGUUGCUCUUCCUAGAAACGUCGAGCCUCUACUUAAACUUGCAGAUAUGGUAGAGCUUGCCCUAAGGGAAGAUCCCAAUCUAAGGCCAAACAUGUCUGAUUUGGCACUUUCUUUGGAGCAGCUAGUGAAGGAAGGAUUGAUAUUAUAGCUCUUCUCAGUUCUCAUCAUGUCCAGUUCUUAAAUUAUAUUCUUUGGUGCAUUUGAAUCAUUCCACAAACACAAAUUCAGAGAUAGCGAAUUCCGGUGAGUAGUGCUCUUCUGCAACUGUACAUUUCUUAUGAGCUGUGCCUGUACAUUAUAUGCUUAUUAUUAUACACUUUCACCACAUUCUUCCCAUCAAAUUCGAGAAAUAAUAAAUUCUUCAGCUGUUCUUGUCUGAUGAAACA